CAUUUAGACAAAAGAUAAAAUUUGAUGGAUUCACCGGUAACUUAUCGGAAACUGUUUCUUAUCAAUUUCGUUAUCUGAUAUAGAAAAUAUUUUUUUUGCUUCAAUUACUAUAUCAUAACUAUACUGGUAUUAUUAAGCGUUUGUCGCAAUCGGUAGUUCAUUGUGACCCCUUUUAACGUGAUUCAUUAUAAUUCCUGAACGACUGCAAGAAAAAUUCAGGAAUUUAAGUGCGUGAUACAAAGAUCUGAAGAUAAACUUUUCUAUUAUACUCAAAAUGGAUGCUGAACUCAAAAAACAGGUUACGAUAGAGGAAGGGUUUUGUCAUGACGAUGCCGAUUGUUCUGCACAACAAUAUUGUUAUCGUGUAUCUGAACGAUGCGUUGAUUACACUCAAUGUAGCAGAUACAAUCGGCAAGAAAAUCGGGAUAAGAGAUCGCGACAUCCUUCUCAGUGCGGACCAUGUUUUUCUGGUUACACAGCCGAAGAACUAGGUACGGGUGAAAUGGCGUGGGUGUGCAAGAAGACAAAUAUUCAAAACGAUGUCCCUGAUGUAGGAAAAUUAAAUAUUAACACAAUCAUCAUAUGGACAACAAUUAGCGGCGUCCUUAUUGUUUCUUUAUUAGUUAUGCUUGUUGGUCUAUACAUUAGGAGAAGGGCGUCAAAAAGACGAAAUAGUAAGCCGGAACAAUGUGGCGACCUUUCUAUGAUGGAACCAAGUGCUCCACCGGUUGAAAGCAGUCCAUUUAUAAGCCAUGGACAUAUACCAUUCAACAAUAAUAAAAAUUUAAAGGAUAAUAACAACCUUGUUUGCGCGUCCGGUUUUAAGCCACCGAGCUGGAUUCGUACUAAUCCCAAUUAUGAUAAUAAUUUAAACCAAGAGAAUAUGACUGCAACGGGUCAGUUGCAAUCUGUAGUUGAAAUAACUCCCACUGAUGUCCAAUCGGACACUUGGCAACAAGACCAGUUAACGGUAGAGAUUACUAACGGCAACCUGAUCCAAUAUGAGGUAGAACAAGUAGACAAUAACACGAACACAGUUCUAGUACAGACCAAUAACCCUUCUUCAUCUAAUACAAAUGACGAAGAAGAUAAUAAUAAUAAUACCAGUAGCAACUCGGAUUCGAGCAAUGCUCGUGAAGAUAGAGAGCGUGUACGGACAUCGAACAUUUUAAUCUCUCCAAAGAUAUCUAUGAAUGUAAAUUUGCUCAACAUUGAUUGAUGAUCUCAAAAAAUAUGAAUAUUUGUAAUUGAAUGUUGCAUCAAGCAAAUGCCCCACGAGAGAGAAAUGUGAAAAUUUACUUGGUAAAGACUUUACGUAUUUUAUUUAAAUAAGUUCACUCGAUAUAAGAAACUAGAAAAAAUCUCAAAAUGUUACAUUAAUAAUUCAGUUAUUUUGUUCACUAUUUCUUAUUAGGCCAUGAUGUUAAAAAAUGUUAACCCAUACGUUAACAAGUGAAUUAAAAAAUUUUUAAGUAAAAGAAGGUCUAGUCAAAAAAAAGAAUAUAUAGAAAGCUGACUAUUACGAUUUUUAAAUUAAAAAUUUUCGUAAAAUACAAAAUCGUUUUAUCCUUGUUUCUUAUAUUCUUGUUCUACAUGCAUGCCAGAUAUAAUUCAAAUGAUUCUUAGAUUAAUUUAUGAUCUAUUUUUAUUCUUUAGUCAUCAUAAUAUUCAUAAAUAUUAUAGCCACACGUAUUAUGCUUUAUUUAUUUUUAUCUUUUUUUUGCAGUCUUGAUUAUAAUGACUUACCAUUAUUAAAAAGGUGAACAAAAAGUCUUUUUAUGUAAUG